AUGCCUCCUUUGGGUGAAGAUGCUGCUGUUCCUGAGGAUUUGCCUCGUUGGGAACUGAGCGAACGCUUUGGUUUUUCAGGGCCAACCGAUCCAGCGCUGGACAAGUACGUGGAAGAAACGGCGACUCUAUCCAAGGCGUUUCACGAGAAAUACGAAGGAAAAUUGAAGGACGUCUCGCUCAAACAAGUCAUUUCCGAAUACGAACAAAUUUCCAUUCGCCGCGGAACUGUGGGAUCCUAUCUCUCGUUGGAAUACGACACUCAAUUGGACAAUGAUGAAGUAAAGAAACGCAAGGAUGCGUUGGGUCAGUUGCAGUCGCAAACGUACGGCGAUCACCUCGAGUGGUUUAGUUUGGAUUUGGCAGCCAUGGAAGAAGCCGAUUUGCAGGUGCAAUACGAAAAGGACCCUUCACUGAAAGAGUACAAGGCGUACAUUGACGAAGAGCGACGCUUCAAACCUCACAAUUUGGCCAAAGAGUAG